CCGAGCUCGGGCGUACCAGAAGCCGACUGACCCGAUCCUGACGAUGCAAAGGCUUGUGAGCCUGAAAAUGAAAUCGGGCUCCUGUCUCGCCACAUUCAUCGAGACCUUCGAUAAGUACAAGAGGGAAUACGAGCGUAACAGCGGUCCGUUACCACCUUCCUACUGUACCAGUCUGCUGAUCACCAUGUUAGCAGCACCACAUCGUGAAGCUGCUCUUGGUAUCCGCCGAUCAAAUACCAGUCUCUCCUAUGAAGAUCUGACCAAAGAGUUGUUGUCCGAGGAAGCCUUACGGUCCGUGAAAGAGGUGUCGACCCCAUCAGAAGCAUUGCCGAAGAUCCCUCUCACCGAGAUCUCUGCGAACUUCCGACCAAACUCCAAAAACCGUGCAGGCCAACAACAACGCCGGGGCAAUAGAUCCGAGCGAAGAGUCCGGUGCAUCAGGUGCAUGGACAAGGACCCCAACUGUAGUGGGACGGCUAAGACCUGUCCCGCCAGAAUGCCACAGGACAAGUCCGACCGAUGCAACCGCUGCAAUCGUCCGAAGAAGUUCUGCCCAAGUACUUCCACCUGCACGCAGCGCGACGUUGUGCGGUGCGAAAG